AUGUCGUCAUCGUACGCUGAAUUGACGCCCGUCGCAAGCUGCUCAUCAUCGACAAAUUCGGAAAUGGACGCUGCCGCCGCCACAGUUGUUUCAACGACUCAACAAAACAUCGAUGCAUUCAAUUUGCUCAUCGAGGAGCUGGAAUUCGAGCCAAGCAGAGAGAAGAAGAGAGAGGAAACAGAGUAUUCGGAUGUCGAGCAAGUUCCCGAUACGUAUGAUGAGGAUAUCGUAGAAGAAGAGGAAGAGAUUGAUAUCAAGUAUCCAUAUGAGAGAAAAGAUGUAUUUGAAGGACUCAAAGAGAGAAUCGAGCAGAGACUUCAGGAUUCUGGUGAUGAAGAGUUGGAGAAGAAGACUAGAGAAUUGACUCAACUGCUUCAUCUGAAACAAGAGGAAUGGAAAGAAGAAGAGAAACAAGAACGUCUUGAAUCAAUUCGAUCUCUUCGUGACUUCUCAUCGUCCAUUUUCACAUGUGUAAUGUGUUCGAAAGCAUUCGCGGAUUCAGAUCAACUCCAGACACACAUCAAGCAAUCACACGAUUUGAAUGGCACGAAUUUCAAGUGUAAACAGUGUGGAAUGUCGUAUAAACGGAAGAAGAAUCUGGAACUUCACAUGAAACUUCAUUCGAGAGAAUUCGAGUGUAAACAGUGUUCGCUGGUGUUCCAGACGGAAGAGAAGCUGGAAAUUCACGAAGAUCGAUUCCAUAGUGAGACGGAGCCACUGAAAAAGUGUCCACAUUGUGAGACACAUUUCCACGAGAAAAACUUCAAACCUCACGUCUACUACUGUCAGAAUAAGGAGAAAAUCGCCGAGAAACGGAAACAAUUGAAGGCACAAAGUGUUCCGACGAGUCCCGCGCUCUCCACUAUCAGCACAACUUCAUUCAUGAGCUAUCAACCCGGUCCGUCGUCAUUCAGAAGUCCUCUCGCCAGUCCGAUAGUCUCAUAUCGUGAUAAGUCGUGUGCAGUCUGUGGAGAGACGUUCGCAAGCAGACAGUCCAUGUUGAGACAUGUCGGAAGAAAGCAUCCAGACGUCAAGAAUGAUCCCAAUGUGACGGCUGUGCGAUAUGUGUCCACUGAAUCGCCGACCCACCAAUACGCAUGUGUCGAGUGCGGAAAGCGAUUGACAACCCGAGCGGCUCUCACCCAACACCGUGCCCGUGCACACGCCGCCGACUCGAGGAAACAAGAAUGUUCGCAUUGUCAGAAGUCGUUCGUCCUCCCAUCCGAAUUGAAGAAACACAUCCAACGAGUGCAUCUGAAUACGCAGAAGUCGACGACGACGUCACUCGCCAGAUUGGACGAUUUACCCGAGAUUGAGGAUAUCUUCUAA